AUGGGGACUGUACCAGACCCUCAGAGAUCUGCCAAGCUUUCCCUGGUCACAGCUUCUGUGGAGGAGGACCACCUGGGAGACCUGCAGCCUCUGAAGCACCAGCCCCAGCUUCCCAGUGGAGAGAGGACCAGCAAUGGCUUCCCAUGCACACCAUCUGGCUCAGCUGGAGUUUGCUUGUUCGACCUGAAGUGCACGGUGGCUGCCGGCACGCAGCAGUGCGAGCAGCGCGGCAAGGACGAUGCUAGCCAGCAUGAAGCCUUUCUUCCUGGGCUGGCCAGCAAAGCUGCGGAGGAGUGUCCUGCAGCCGUAGAGCCUGCUGCUUGCUCCUGGUCCAGGGACAGCUGGGGACCGUCAGCGCCAGCCCCCGCUGCAGCAGCAGGAGUCCUCUUGGCAGGGCAGGGGCCAGAGAUGAUGCCAGCCCCUCAGAGCUCCCGGCAGUUUGUGCAAGGCAGCCAGGCGAAAACGUGCUCCCUGAUGCAAAUGGAUGACUCUGCCUUGAAACCUCAAGGGACUGAUGAUCAGUCAGCAUUUGAGGUGUUAAAUUAUUCUUCCCCAGGUGACCCUAUUAGGGGUAAUGAGUCCUGUUGUACUUCUCAGGCAAACCUUCUGCAAAGAGGGGAAAAAGACAGGGAAGUGGAAAAAACUGGUUCUGCUGCAUGCCAGCCAGCCUCGUCAGCGAGGCACACCAAAGCUGACCUGGAGAGAGACCCACAGACCGGUUUGGAGGCCAAAAGUGGGGCUGCAGGCACCGUGCAGUUGCAUCCCACAGACAAAACUGAAGAAAUGCAGAGCAGCGAGGCACCAGCCCAGCCUAGCCACGAGAACCCACGUCCCAUAUGCAAUGCGGAUGCUGAGCCAGGGAGUCCAGGCCCCACCCAGCUCUCCAAAUUCAGAGAAAUGGGUACAAUGACGGUUCAGUCGGAGAGCAGCUCUUUAACUCAGGAAGCAGUAAGCAGGACAUGGCGAGAUGCUGAGGUCCAGGCGGUGGCUACCGUGGAGAGUAAAUCGGCCUCCACCAGCCCCAGCAUCCUUGCUGCCUUCUUAAAAGGGAAUCCUCCUCCGGAGGAGAAGGAAGAACUGCACAUAAUUUACCAAGGAGGUAUGGGGCUGAACCAGUCUGCACUUACUGACAUUUUCUCCUCACAACAGAAGUCUCCAUGUUCUCCUGCUAUCACGUCAAAAUCAACUGUUGUUACGGCUGUGACUGCUUCAUCCCAAACCCAGCCUGUCAAACUGCCUGGGGUCCCACCUGAUGUGGUGUCUCCAGCCUCAGCAGAUAAUGCAAAACCUGCUCUCCCCUUCUCCCCUGCAGCUGUUACCUCCCAAGGGACAUCUGUGGGUCAAGCUGACAUGAUCGGCGCAGCCCAUGAUGGCAAGGAUGCUGCUCGGCUGCUGCUGGAUGCUCCAGUCACACCAGAGCCCAUCCCUGUGGAGCAGCUUGCAGUUGACCCCAGUAAUCAAACUCUGGCUCAGUCUGGGUCUGGCGCUGGUGAACCGUGCACGACUUCUGCUGCUGCUGUCCCAGGAACCCAGAACACCGUGUGUGAUCCUGUCCACGAGGCAGGAAGCAGCUGGAUACCUUUACUCUGUAGCGCACCCGGUGGAGUCAAGCAGAAGGAGGCCCUGGGCAGCUCUGACCACAAGCCUGUACAAUCCAAGGGUGCGGGCCAAGGGGAGGCCGUUCCUAACCAGUGUGUGGUAAAACCGAAGGAAGAAAACUCGACGGUGCUUGAUCCUAAAGGAGGGCUGAGUGUUAGCAGCCAACCUGCUGCUGUCCACACAGAGGUGUGCUCAGAGGAUGCAAGUGAAAAGGAGAAGAGUAGAGGCCGGGGAGACGCUGGCCAGGCUCAGACAGCCAGUGGCCAGAGCCUGCAGGCAGAACUGACACCCGAGUUGAGUGCAAGCUCUGCACGUCUUGCCCCUCUCUCGGAGGUGUCAGCAGCUCCCCAGCAGCAAGGCCUGCAGGCUGAGGAGUCCAGAUGCAAGCGCCAUGCAGGAGCUCUUUCUGCUUCAGCUCAGGCCUUGCCCAUCCUGGGGGAAAACAGAAAGCAGCCCACCCCGGCCAUGGAGGCAAAAGUCCAGGUGAAGCAGUCCAAGCACGUCAGGGAUGUGAUUUGGGAUGAGCAGGGCAUGACAUGGGAGGUUUAUGGGGCUUCCCUCGAUCCAGAAUCCCUGGGAAUUGCCAUCCAGAACCACUUACAGAGACAAAUACGGGAACAUGAAAAACUGAUCCGGGCCCAGAACAGUCAGACCCGGAAAUCCAUUUCCUCAGAUACAUCCUCAAAUAAAAAACUGAAAGGGAGGCAGCACAACAUGUUCCAGUCCAUGCUGCAGAAUUUCAGGCGUCCUAAUUGCUGCGUCCGACCUGCUCCCUCUUCCGUGUUAGACUGA